UGACAAAAUGGAACCCACCAGCAGUGUGAGGAGACCUGAAAGUGGCACAUGGCAGAGUGUGGCGAUGGAGACAGCAGCAAUGGGAGCCGUACAGGGACCCAUGACACACUCUGGACCUGGCAGCAGCAUGAGGAGGCGGUACAGGGGCCCAUGACAGAUUACGGGCCUGGCAGCAGCAUGAGGAGUCGGUACGGGAGCCCAGCACCCUAUCACAAAAUGAACCCACCAACAGUGUAAGGAGACCUGAAAGUGGCACAUGGCGCAGGGUGGCGGUGGAGGCAGCAGUAUUCGGAAGCCAUACACAGGCCUAGGUUAAAAAGCGGAAGCCGUCAGCAGCGUGA